AUGACAGUUGCAUCCAUUUCUGCAGAGUAUUUCCCUCAAGAGCCAAAAGCACCAGUUGUUGCUUCAGCAACCCACGAAAAGUCCAAAGAGGCAAUUGCCAAAUUAGAUAAGAACUUUGACGCCCGUGGAGCUUAUUUCGUCGCUGAUUACGCCAAAUCCACUGGUAACUACAUUGCUGAUGUUGAUGGCAACUACUACUUGGAUGUGUAUGCACAAAUCGCCUCCAUCCCAUUGGGUUACAAUAACCCAGCAUUGAUUGAAGUUGCCAAAUCAGACAAGAUGAUUAGAGCUAUUGUCGAUAGACCAGCAUUGGGUAAUUUCCCAGGCGCUGACUUGAAUGAGAUUGUUGAAGAGAUUUUGAAAGUUGCUCCAAAAGGUCAAGACAAAGUGUGGUCAGGAUUGAGCGGUGCCGAUGCCAAUGAAUUGGCUUUCAAGGCUGUGUUUUUCUGGUACCAGGCACAAAAGAGAGGAUACAAGAGCAACUUCUCAGCUGAAGAGAUGGAGUCUGUUAUGCACAACCAAGCUCCAGGAUCUCCAGAAUUGGCCAUUUUGUCGUUUGAACGUGCUUUCCACGGCAGAUUGUUUGCUUCAGGCUCGACAACUUGUUCAAAGCCAAUCCACAAGUUGGACUUGCCAGCUUUCAAAUGGCCCAAGGCUGAAUUUCCAUCAUACAAAUACCCAUUGGAAGAAAAUGUUGAAGUGAACAAAAAGGAAGACGAAAGGUGUUUAAAGAUUGUUGAAGAGUUGUUUACUACAUGGAAAGUCCCAAUUGCCGGUGUCUUGGUUGAACCAAUCCAAUCCGAGGGUGGUGACAACCAUGCCUCAGCUGAAUUUUUCCAAGGUUUGAGAGAUGUUACCUUGAAACACGGUGCUCUUUUGAUUAUGGAUGAAGUUCAAACCGGUGUGGGUGCCACUGGUGUCAUGUGGGCUCACGAAAGAUUCAACUUGCAACCACCACCAGACUUGGUCACAUUCUCCAAGAAAUUCCAAUCUGCAGGUUACUUUUUCCACGACCCUGAGAUUGUGCCAAACUUUGCUUAUAGACAAUUCAACACUUGGUGUGGUGAUCCAGCUAGAAUGAUUCUUGCCGGUGGAAUCGGUAAAGAAAUCUUGAAGCACGACUUGGUUUCAAGAGCAGCUACCGUGGGUGACUACUUGUACAAGAAAUUAGAAGCUUUGCAAAAGAAAUUUCCAACCUACCUCCGCGACUUGAGAGGUAAGGAUAGGGCAACUUUUAUUGCUUGGUCGUUGGAAAAUGCCGAAGCUAGAAAUAAGUUCUUGAGCGACAUGAAGACUGUUGGUGUCAAUAUCGGUGGAUGUGCUGAAGACUCUGUCAGAUUGAGACCAACAUUGGUUUUUGAAGAGAAACACGCUGAUAUCUUGGUUGAAGCAAUUGAAAAGGUGUUGUCUGGUUACUAA